UUUACUUUUAAAACAAUAGCUAAAGCAUUUUGUUAAGAUUUUCUUUGAAAAAGCUAUAAUGCUAUUGAUAAAUGUGAUUUUUAAUAACCAAGUUAAAUGUUUCAAAAAAAUAUAGAAGCCAGCGAGGCAUCAAAAAUAAUUACUUCAUGCUGUGAUCAUGAAAACCUAAAAAAAAACAAGCGUGAAACAUGGAGUAAUAAGUCAGAGUUUAUCUUGGCAUCAGUGGGAUUAGCUGUUGGCGUAGGAAAUGUUUGGAGAUUUCCUUAUCUUUGUCAAAAAAACGGAGGAGGUGCAUUUUUGGUACCAUAUUUUGUAAUGAUGGUAUUUCAAGGACUUCCUCUCUUUGUGAUAGAGUUUGCAAUUGGACAAAGAAUGCAAAAAAGUGCUGUUUAUUGCUGGAAUAAUAUUCACCCUGCCUUGUUUGGGGUUGGAAUCUCUUGUAUGUUGGUAUCUUUUGCUAUGUGCUCUUAUUACAUUGUGAUAAUAACAUGGUGUUUUUAUUAUCUUUUUAUAUCUUUUACAAGUGAGCUACCUUGGCAACAAAAAUUUUGUUUAAAAUACCAGAGUUAUUUUAAUUUGGAGUCUAAUUUAACAGUGUUGAAAAGUCAAAAUCAGUCUGAUCCUAAUAUUUCAAAUUUAACAAAUUACUUGCAGCAUCAAUACAAUGAUUUUCCUGAUUGUUGUGUUCGAGACUCAGCUCAAUAUUAUUGGUAUAACAAUGUUUUGCAAGUUUCUUCAAAUCUUCAUUCAAGUGGUGUACUGAACUGGAGAAUGUUUGGAUGUUUAUUGCUUGCAUGGGUAUUGGUAUAUAUGUGUGUUCUAAAAGGAGUCAAGUCAAGUGGAAAGGCGGCUUACCUUACAGCAACAUUCCCUUAUGUUAUACUGAUUAUUCUAUUUUUUCGUGGUGUUACUCUUGAAGGUGCAGGAGAAGGAAUAAAAGUUUUUUUUAAAGCUGACAUAUCUGUGUUGUUGAAGUUUGAGACCUGGAUGGAUGCUGCUACUCAAAUUUUUUAUAGUUUAAGCGUAGGAUUUGGAGCGCUUAUAGCUUUUUCCAGUUAUAUGCCUCGAAAAAACAAUUGUAUUCGUGAUGCUAUUUUUAUUGUUUUGCUUGAUUGUGGGACAUCUGUUUUUGCUGGAAUUGUUACUUUUUCAUUUCUUGGAUAUCGGCAUUUUAAAACUGGAAUACCAGUGACUGAGGUUGGAUCGGGACCUGGGUUAGCCUUUAUGACAUACUGUGAUGCAUUCUUAUUAAUGGACCUUUCACCAUUAUGGGCUAUUCUUUUUUUUCUAAUGCUAGUGCUAUUAGGAAUCGAUUCUGAAUUUGGAACAAUGGAAGGAGCUAUAGCACCACUUUAUGACUUAAAAUGGGUGACAAUGAAAAAGAAAUAUUUUAUUGCAAUAAUUGCUUUGAUAUUUUUGAUAAUGGAAUUGAUAUUUUGUUUGGGUAAUGGCUUCUAUUUAUUUCAAAUAUUUGAUAAUUACUCUGUUCCCAUUCCAUUGCUUGUGAUUGCCUUAUUCCAAGUAAUAUCUAUAGGAUGGAUUUACGGGACUGAUAGAAUUUCAAGUGAUAUUGAGUAUAUGACUGGAAAAAGACCAAACUACUUUUGGUUGAUUUGUUGGAAAUAUAUUUCUCCCCUGAUUCUUCUUAUUGUUUUUAUUGGUUACAUUCUAGCAGUGUCUCGAAACACUCCUCACUACCAGGCUUAUGUUGGUUGCAUUCAAGAUCCUUUGGAUUCAGCAAUAAGCGAAGGCACAUUAUCAUGGUCAAAGAACUUUGUUUAUCCCAUAUGGGCUCAAGUACUUGCUGCCUUCUUAGUCAUUGUUUCAGUGUGUCCUAUACCUUUUUAUAUGAUAAAAAACUGGCCGGACAAUUGGAAAGAUGGAAUCACUUAUUUAAAAACAAGAGCAAAUUACUUUCCAGACCCCUCUUCUUGUGAACCUAAACGACGUAUAACUAUGGAAGAAAUGGAGAAUAUCAUCCAAGCAGAAAGUUCUCUUAAUUGAUAAUUAAAGUUAAAUACUUCUUUUUUAUAUUUAUAUUGUAAACGGCAA